ACAACAACUAUCUAGCUUCCGUAACAGACAUGCAAACAACACCGACUGUCGAGAGAAACCAGUGUUACCAGCACAGGCGUGUCCUGAAUUAAUAAAUGCCAAGUUAUACAUGCGCAUUGACAAUAGUGAGGCUUUGGCACGGACAAGUAAGAACAGCCGUGCGCAGGAGUUCCUGCUUUAGAACUAUACAAAUCGCAGGUAACACGAGCCAAUAGGAAAAUAAGGGCAGUGCUAAAAAAAAAAAAAAGGGGCGGACCCUCGCGCCAAACAUACCUUCUGAUUAAGUAGAGCGAAGGAUCUUAUCGGCUGAGGAAGACGAUACCAACCUCCACAGGGCGCAAGAUUUUCGGAGGCUGAUUUUGAAGCUGGUGGCUUUUUGGGGCAGGUGGCACUGUUCAUUGUUACACGCAGUACCCACCGCUGGACUGUUGCGAUAUAGGGUGCAGAUAGAGAGAGGGGAGAAGUGUAUUGGGGUUUUAAUCAAUCAAGUAAUACCAGCCUUUCUUUGCGGAGAUGGAGAACGCACACAUUAAAUCGGUAUCUGAAGUUCUAGGUAAUUUCGGGGUAAAUGAAAAUACUGGACUGACAACAGAGCAAGUGAAAAGGAAUUUUGAAAAAUUUGGGCCAAACGAGCUGCCGGCAGAAAAAGGCAAGUCGCUAUGGGAGCUGGUGUUUGAGCAGUUUGAGGAUCUUCUGGUGCGGAUUCUUCUCUUGGCAGCCUGCGUCUCGUUCGUCUUAGCCUUGUUUGAAGGAGGAGAGGAGAGCACAAUGACUGCCUUUGUGGAACCCAUUGUCAUUCUCAUGAUCCUUGUAGCCAAUGCUAUCAUUGGGGUGUGGCAGGAGAGGAACGCGGAAAGCGCCAUCGAGGCUCUGAAGGAGUAUGAGCCGGAGAUGGGGAAGGUGUUCCGGAUGGACAGGAAGGCAGUGCAGAGGAUCAAGGCUCGGGACAUCGUGCCCGGGGACAUCGUGGAGGUGGCAGUUGGUGAUAAGGUCCCAGCUGACAUUAGGAUUACCAGCAUCAAAUCAACAACACUUCGGGUGGACCAGUCCAUUCUCACAGGUGAAUCGGUGUCUGUAAUUAAACACACAGACCCAGUGCCUGACCCCAGAGCUGUCAACCAGGACAAGAAAAACAUGCUUUUCUCAGGCACCAACAUCGCCGCUGGCAGGGCUAUCGGUGUCGUGGUGGCCACUGGGGUAGCCACGGAAAUCGGCAAAAUCCGUAACCAGAUGGCGGCGACGGAGCAGGAGAAGACCCCGCUGCAGCAGAAGCUGGACGAGUUCGGGGAGCAGCUCUCCAAGGUCAUCUCGCUGAUCUGCGUGGCCGUGUGGGUCAUCAACAUCGGACACUUCAACGACCCUGUCCACGGGGGCUCCUGGAUCCGUGGUGCCAUCUACUACUUCAAGAUCGCCGUGGCCCUGGCCGUGGCUGCCAUCCCCGAGGGGCUGCCCGCCGUCAUCACCACCUGCCUGGCCCUGGGCACCCGCAGGAUGGCCAAGAAGAACGCCAUCGUGCGGAGCCUGCCUUCCGUUGAGACGCUGGGCUGCACAUCCGUUAUCUGCUCUGACAAGACCGGCACUCUCACCACCAACCAGAUGUCGGUGUGCAGGAUGUUUGUCGUGGAUAAAGUCGACGGUUCCAACUGCAGCCUCCAUGAGUUCUCAAUCACUGGAUCCACCUACGCUCCCGAAGGAGAAGUUCUGAGGGGUGAGAAGCAGGUUGAGUGUGGGGAUUAUGACGGCCUGGUAGAGCUGGCUACAAUCUGCGCCCUGUGCAAUGACUCCUCCCUGGACUUCAAUGAGUCCAAGGGGAUCUACGAGAAGGUUGGAGAGGCCACAGAAACAGCGCUCACCACCCUGGUGGAGAAGAUGAACGUGUUCAAGACUGACGUCAAACACCUCAGCAAAGUAGAGAGGGCCGGAGCCUGCAACUCGGUGAUCAAGCAGCUGAUGAAGAAGGAGUUCACACUAGAGUUCUCCCGCGACCGCAAGUCCAUGUCUGCGUACUGCAGUCCCACCAAGCCCGGCACUGGAAACAAGAUGUUUGUGAAGGGCGCUCCGGAGAGUGUGAUUGAGCGCUGUAACUACGUGCGAGUGGGGACCAACAAGACAGCCCUGACGCCCCCCUUGAGGGAGCACAUCAUGGGGGUGAUCAAGGACUGGGGCAUGGGGAGGGACACACUGCGCUGCCUGGCCCUGGCCACACGGGACAGCCCACCCAAGAAAGAGGAGAUGGACCUGGAGAACUCAGUCAAGUUCUCUGAGUACGAGAACAAUAUGACGUUCGUGGGCUGCGUGGGCAUGUUAGAUCCCCCUCGCAAGGAGGUGAUGGGCUCUAUCAGCCUGUGCGAAGAGGCUGGCAUCCGUGUCAUCAUGAUCACCGGGGACAACAAGGGCACUGCCGUGGCAAUCUGCCGGCGGAUCGGGAUCUUCGGAGAGGACGAGGACGUGACCGACAGAGCCUACACGGGCCGCGAGUUCGAUGACCUGGCUCCUGAGGUGCAGAGAGAGGCCUGCAAGAGAGCCCGCUGCUUCGCCCGCGUGGAGCCCGCGCACAAGUCCAAGAUAGUGGAGUACCUGCAGUCCUUCGAUGAGAUCACAGCCAUGACCGGGGAUGGUGUGAACGAUGCUCCAGCCCUGAAGAAGGCAGAGAUCGGCAUUGCCAUGGGCUCUGGCACGGCAGUGGCCAAGUCUGCCUCCGAGAUGGUCCUGUCUGACGAUAACUUCUCCACCAUCGUGGCUGCUGUGGAGGAAGGCAGAGCCAUCUACAACAACAUGAAGCAGUUCAUCAGAUACCUCAUCUCAUCCAACGUGGGGGAGGUGGUGUGCAUCUUCCUGACUGCUAUCCUGGGUCUCCCGGAGGCCCUCAUUCCUGUGCAGCUGCUCUGGGUGAACCUGGUGACAGACGGUCUUCCUGCCACUGCCCUGGGCUUCAACCCUCCAGACCUGGACAUCAUGAACAAGCCCCCCCGCAACCCCAAGGAGCCCCUCAUCAGCGGCUGGCUCUUCUUCCGCUACCUGGCCAUCGGAGGGUAUGUUGGUUUGGGAACAGUUGGCGCAGCUACCUGGUGGUACCUGUAUGAUGCCGAAGGCCCAGAACUUACUUUCUUUCAGCUGAGGCACUUCAUGCAGUGCACUGAGGACAACCCGCUCUUCGCAGGGGUCGAUUGUGAGGUCUUCGAGUCCCGCUACCCCACCACCAUGGCUCUGUCUGUGCUGGUCACCAUUGAGAUGUUCAAUGCCCUGAACAGCUUGUCUGAGAACCAGUCCCUGCUGAGAAUGCCCCCCUGGGUGAACGUGUGGCUGCUGGGAGCCAUUGUGCUGUCCCUGUCCUUGCACUUCCUCAUCCUGCACGUGGAGCCCUUACCUCUGAUAUUCCAGGUGACGCCUCUGAGCGUGUCCCAGUGGAUGGUGGUUUUGAAGAUCUCGAUCCCUGUCAUCCUAUUGGACGAGGGUCUCAAGUACUUGUCCCGUAACUUUCUAGAGGCUUAACCUCCCUCUGUUCUUCUUGUCUGUUUCUCGCAAUGAAAAGGUGACGAGGACAGGAAGUACAUCAGGAGGAGACUGAAACCCUGAACACAACCCCUAUUUAAACUGAAGUCUUGCAUGUUCAACCGCCACUAGCAGCCAGCAGGACUUGCAUGUGUCGGACAAGUGAUUAGGAAGAAUGAGGACCAACUGCAGAAUAUACUGAUGACUUGUAGCUUUUUUUCUGUACAUAUUAGUGCAAUAACUGGAUGUAGGCAAGAGGAGGGUUGGGGGGGGGUGGGGGUUGGGGAGGGUGGGGGGAGUGUGCAGCGCUGGGCAUUUUUGGAUGUGACAGCACAUGGAGCUUCAUCUCUAUGGUGACCUUAAGUUCUUACUGUCCCACCUGUUAAAAUGCAGCUGUUGGGAACAGCCCAGAGCCCCAGUGGAAUCACAACCACUGCCCCGGGUUGGGGGUGUUUCAUGGAGCUAAACCCCAGGUUCAUGGUGGUUCAAAAACUACAGUGUAGUUUCCUUGUUUGUUUUUGAAGCGGGAGAGGGGUUGUUUACUUGUAUUGCAACUUAAACAGCCCCUCAGUCUGCUUGGUUUCAGCCUGUAUAACACCCAAUGGCCAUUUGCUUGAAUGGUCACCAUAUAUCACUAAAUCCAAUGGUGCUGCUUGACGUGUCCAACACACCAACCAAUACCAUUUGCCCAGCUCAAAGUAGUUGCUUUGCUAUAUAAUAUGAGUGGUCUUACUCCACAAUGAACUAAAUAAGAAACUGUUGGUUUUGAACCAAGUACACCAAACAACAGUCUUCUUCAAAGUAGAUUUAAUGUGGCAUAAGACCAUGUGUUCAUUUUAAAUCAAUGCCUGUUUUUUGCUCUUUUGGCUUCUAGUUGGGAGGCAUCAUUGCGUCCUCCUGGAUUUUUCAUGACUUGCACAUUGGGAACUACAUUGCACUCUUGUAUCUAAAGGGUACCUAAAGAAACUCACUUGAUGGUCUGUAUUAAAAAAAAAACUAAACAAAAAAACAAUACUGUAUUAUAGUAAACUCCUUGCCUUUCAAAGCUUUCGGUGGAUUUAAUGUAUUCAUUUUGUUCAUUUCAUGAAGUGCCUAGGGGACUUACGCAGUAGUGUGUUGCCUUGUGUGUCAGUUCUGACGUCCAGAGACUCACUCUGGAAGAUGCUGUGUCUGUAUUAGCUUUGAGCACCAGGGUGGUUGAGGUCAGGCCUUAGAACUCCCAGAAGUCUCAUACAUCACCUUUAUUUGCUACCUGGAAAUAUAAAUAUAGUUCCUAACAGUAGCCUCAUCACCAGCACACAUGCUCAGGGCAAUGAUAUGAUCAUAUCACGAUUUAUCUGUAAGCUCUAUUAUUCAACAUUGGUCUUACGCACUUGAAAAACGUACUCAGCCUCACUGUAAUGUAAAGUAGCACUACUCCCAGCGCACAGUGCACACCAGGUAUUCACGUUGGGCUUGGUUACGAUUAGCGAUGGGGUACUGGGUGGUGUUAGGAACUUUAAAGGCACCACACAACAUCAAACAUCAGACACAGCAUCAACUCUCACUAAUGCCACGGCUUGAGGAGCAGGGAGUUUACAUUGAUUGGCAUCACACACACCCUUCCCUUCUCCUGUUGGGUUUGUUUUGUAAAUUGGGGCAAGGUCACUGUAUCCCCACCCCUGAGCUUUGCCAAUGCCCUUUCUGUUUUUGUUAAGGCCUUUUCUGUUAAAUACGGUCGCAAUCAAAGAAAGGACAUUUCCAGGUGCUGGUUUAAAAUGACUCGUUUGUUCAAGGUGUUAAACUGAGCGGGGGAAAAACUAACAAAACGUGUACUUUGGUGGCAUGAUAGCUUGUACCUUGGGGGGUUAUUUUGAAAGCUUGGUAUCUUGCAUGAGAGUGAAACAAAAACUACUUGGAAACACCUCCCUUAGUCAAACAAUUAAAGGACAAGUGUCAGGUUACAUGAUUAAGGCAAUUUAUCCAUAACUUUAAACACUCGAUCAUAAAAAUGUGAAUAAAACCAACACGUCCAGUAGACAAUCCUUUGUCUUGAAGGAAAUAUCUUGCUCACCGGACAAAUUUAGUUUCAUUUAUUUUUUGAAACUCAACAGGAAUUCGUAUUUUAUUUCAUAUGUAAAUAUUACAAAUAAUUUCCCUUGCCUAUUAUUUUUCUAUCGGUACUCGUUAAUUAAAUCAUUAUUUGGUAACUACCGUGUGAAUAUAUAACUGCGGCAUCAUUCAGUCAAACUUGUCAGAGGAGCAGUGUAUCUGUGUGUUCAGUUAAGGGCUUAUUGGAUGUUAUGGUUUUGACUGUUUAGCGGAUGCACAGUGUGUUCCACUGGUGUCCAAAUGUACCGCUAAUGCCAAAAGUUUUGCAUCACCUAAAAUUUUAGGAUUGAUACAUAAUAAUAAUAAUAAUAAUAAAAAAACUAUAUCAACAUUAUUCAGAUUUAACAUCAUGUAAUCAAAGAAAUUAUAUUGCAAAAGUCUGCCGUAUGCCAUAAUUGUUGUACAGCAAUUCAAGUUAGAUUUUGAAAUGUCACAUUUAUCAGUUUUUGUCAGCUUUCCGUUAAGUAUAUGGAAAACCACAAAGCAAUUCAAUAUGUUAACGUGGCAUUGUUUAGCAGGUUUCGUUUGACUUCAUGAGUUAAUCCUAUAGGGAGAUGCAGAACUGUUGGCCACAGCUGUAUAUCUGGAAGUCUGACUGAAUAUCAUAACAUCUUGAAAGCAGCGUUGUGUCAGUGAAAUAUGUUUUAUUUGAGUUCUGCUGUAGAGUGGCCCCCAGCAAUGGACUGUUUCUUUGGAGAUGCAUUUUGACAGACUGACUUGCCUAAGACAGAGACCUCACCCUGGGUUUAUUUCUACAGCCUGAAUGACCUCUAGUGCCACCCGCCGUGUAGGAAUGUAUAGUCUUGUUAUUUACUACUGAACUACUUCUCAACAGUACAGAAAAAAAUUGCAUGUAACACUGUUACUGUCAUUAAUACACAGUAUAUAAUUGUAUUUCAAUUGUUUUUAAAAAAUCGGAAAAAGAAAAUAUUUUUAAAUUUGAGAAACGGUAACAGAAAAGAGAUUGACCGAAAUAAUAAUAAUAAUAAUAAUAAUAAUAAUAAUAUACUCCUUAGUGUAAUUUAUUUGACUUCAAAUACACAUAGAAUCUAGGGAUUUCAGUUUUUUUUUAUGUCAUUGAUGUUGUCUGUUUUAUGGUUGUUGGGGGUUUGUGGCUUACAUUUUAGAGUAAUAAUAAUACAGAUAAUUUUAAUAAUAGUAAUUUGAUUGGCAGGUGGGAAGUUCAAUUUAUUUAAGUGUCUGGUUUACACAUAGUGUCUAGCAAUGCAUAAUGAAGUUGCAGCAGUGUGUAUAGCGAAUGACUCGUGAUAACCAGGAAAACUGGGAGUCUCUCUGUAUUGCCUUGUUAAUAUUAUCUGUUGGACACAGAUAUUUUAUAAAAAUAAAGAUUAUUUAUCUUAUUGUUA